AUGUCGGUCAGGGAGUCUCAUAGGAGAGACGUUGGGUUCUUCGAGCGAUACUUCAUAGGAAGAAAUGUGCAUUCUAUCUAUACGAAUGUUGGGGUCGUAACUCGACUCAAUCAUCUAGUGAGUGCUGAAGUAUUAUCUAAUGCUGUUAGAUCGAUGAUUUUGCAGAACCCAUGGUUGGUGGUUAACUACUUCUCUCGACUGAAAACCAGCUACCAGGUCAGGCCGGAGGAUUAUGAAGCCAGGUUUAUUAAUGAGAUCAAGUUUUUGAACGUGGUGAGCUUUGAAACAGUUCCGUCCUUCAACGAGGACUUGUUGGAGAAAAUGGACAAGCAAAGAUUACCCUUGGAUAGUACUACUCUACCACUUUGGCGAAUAGUUGUUUAUACUGUGAGAGACUCUGGAGAACAGUAUGUUUGUGGAUGCUUUGACCAUACUAUAUUCGAUGGUCUUGCUUCCGUUGAAUUUCUUCGGGAUUUGGUGAAAGAGUUGUCUUACGUCAAGGAAGCCGACUCGAUGGUGGGAACUUUGUUUGAGUACUCUCAAGAUGCCGUGAGGCUACCUGAAAGAGUGCCAUUGUGUACAGAGUUGAAGACUGACUUAUUUAGUCCGUCGUUUUCUGGAAAGAUCUUACAAAGAUUGUAUGAUGUACUUGUCUCCUUCAUUCCAUCAUUUUUCAAAAGAACCAGCUUGAUCAGUACUGGAAUACCAAUCACCAAAGAUACCAGUAGCAAAUUCAAGAUCGUUAGAUUUGAACAGGAUGAGGUUAGGAGAAUCACCGAGUUCUGCCGGCUGCAAAACUUCACAUUGACCCCCUUCUUCCACUGCGUGGGUAUUAACUGUUUGGAGAGUCACUUUUAUAACCGAUUCAGGAAUCCAGACUACCAUACUUUGUCGUUGAUCGCUAUAAAUGGACGGAGAUAUUUUCCUGAGUUUGCUGCAAAUUUCAAUUAUAGUCCUACUGUCCUGGCACAGGCUUUUCGUUUACCGCCAACCGUUGAUUACUCCGAAUCGAAUAUUAUAACACUCAUCCGUCAUACCUAUAUGAAGAUGGCUGAAAAUCUCAUUUCGAGAGAAACUUUUAAAAGCUCCUGGUGCUUGAGUUAUCAGAACUUACUCAAAUUGUACUACUCAUUAAUUGGCUCGGAUGUGGGAAAGGCAAGUCUUAUAACUUCAAACUUAGGUAAGGUGGAAAACAAGUCCGAGGAUUGGACCAUCGAAGAGAUCUGGUUUGUUCUGAACACUUCAGUCACUUACAACUUUCUUUUCAAUAUGAUCACUUCUCCCGCGGGGGUCUUGAACUUAGUGAUACCUUAUUCUGUAGAGCUUUCGUCCUUUGAGAUUGAAGUUGACGGCAAACUUAUGAAAGCAGUUGAUCAUUUCGCAAUAAUGUUUAAGAGAAAAGUACUAUCAUUUGUAUCUAGUCAUUAA